AUGUCAUCCGAUGUAGCUCCUCCCUAUAACGGUUCUCCUCUCAAACAUCCCAACAACCCCUGUUGUUACGAGGAAACCUUCAGCCCAGACAGACACAAUGGUCCUGAUUGUAAUGGCCCCCAGACCGACCCCACGGACACGGAAGUGCUUGCCGAGGCACCACAGCACGCACAGCACAAUCCGCCAAACGAAGAAUCCGAUCACCACGAGCAGGCAGCGCUCGACGAAUCGCUCUCAUGGAUCGCCAAUACUAAUCGACAAAAGCAUGCGGGCGUCCACGCGCCGCUGGCAGUGCCAGUCGUGAUACCGCAAACAGCACCGGGAAUGCAAUCUUCGUUUAGUCGCGCCUGGGCUCCGGUAUUAGCAGAACAUGACGUUCGACCCGAAGACUUUCUGCAAUUCAUGGAUCAUUUGAAUGUAUGCAAGGCCGCAUCGCCGCCUUUCCAAGUCCUCAAUCUCGCCGGGACUGUCUUGGGCUGCACGUUCGUCUUGCCCCGUCCAUGUUCGUGUUUAAUCGCGAAUCAAUCCUUGCCAGCAGACGUCACUGAUCCUAAUGUCGUUCGUUACAGCCCAAUUCCCUUUGCCGGCCUGGUCGGCCUAGGCACAUCAGUCGCCGCCGGCGCAGGCACCUACGCCACCGCCCGAAUCCGAAUAACUCGUUAUCUCGAGCAGGCGAACCAGGAGUAUUUUGCCCCAAGAGGACUGCUCGCGCGGAUCGCCAAGCAGAAUGUGCUCCCGCAGAUCGUCGGACAGCCUGAAAACGCACCAUUGCUAGCGCCACUACCUAGACAUGCGAGUAAAAGCAAUGGCUCAAUCACCCCGCCUUCUCUCCGUGACAGGAGAUUGCAAGCUUUGGGUUCGCACAUAGCACGGAUCGAAUUCUGCGACCUGCCCACUCCGCAAGAGGAACACAACAUGUUAGACAAGCUGUCCGCCAAAAUGACGGCGCGUAAGACGAAGAAGCAAGAAGAAAAGGUAGUGAAAAAUAGUAUGAAGAGUCAAGAGGAGGAGUCUAAAAAGAAGGAAAAGCUGGUGAAGGAGGAGGCGAAGAUUAGGCAAAAGAUGGAGAAGGCGAGGUUCAAAGGGAGCAGAAACGAGGCGAAGAUGGAGGGAAAAAUGAUGGAGGUGAGGGAGAAGUAUGAUGAAAAGGCUGGAGAGGGGGGAGAGAAGGAGAUGAAGGCUGCGAAGAAAUUUUUGUUCGUUGUUGUACAGAACGCGCAGGCGGCGGCUGCUGCAGACUCUUAG